AGACCUAAGAUGGUCAGGCCCAGAGGAGGAGCCCAGGUUGGAAUGUGGCCUUGGCAAGAAGGACAAGAUAGGGUCUAGAAGGGCAUUUCAGGGGAGAGAACAGCACCAGAAGCCUGGGGCCUGAUGCACAAGGCUCAGGGGCUUUCCUGGCCCAGGAGGAAUUAGUGGUGGAGGUGGAGGGAAAGGUAGCAGGAGCCACACUGUUGAUGGCCCUACAAGCCUGGCUGAGGACUUUACCCUUUCCGGGCAACACUUCCUGUGUUAGAAGUGAGGACCACAGAAACCGAUGUAUGCACCGGGCUCUAGAACAAGGCCCAUGUGGAGUCGUGUGCAGUUUCUGGCACGGUCUCUGUUUAGAGUGCUUUUAUCUUGCUCUUUAUUUUAUUUUCUUUGUGACUGGGCAUAAAGUGAUUAUACUCAACAGAAAAUUGGCUGGCUGCAUGCUGUGUAAAAGGCACUUUCAGGUGGUAAGGCUCCCCUCAAGGAGCUUGCAUUCUGGUAGGGGGAAAUUGAGAGUAAACCAGAAAGGUAUCUGUUAUACAAAUAAAAACAGGGUGAUAUGACAUAAUGGACUGCUGGUCAGUUUGGGCAGUAAUGGAGAGGUUGGCCUUUAAACUAAGCCUCAGAGCGAAGGUGAUUGCAGAAAAAGCAGCUGGUAUGAGGGCUUGCCCUCUCUCUGGGAAUGUGUCUGAUGUGUUUAAGGGGCUGGGACUGGGGCUGGCACACUCCCUCUGUCCUAGGCACUGAGGGCUUACAGAGGGCUGGCCAUUGACUCCUUAGGAGAACCCUUUGGAGGAGAAAUUAAAGUGAACACUGGUCAGAAUGCAUGAGGGAAGAACAUGACUGAGGUAGCCUUCUGCUGGUCUGGCUUUGGCCUAAGUAGGCUGGCUAUUCAAGUUACAGAAUGUCCGAAGGGGACAGUGUUGGAGAUUCCGUCCAUGGAAAACCCUCAGUGGUAUACAGAUUUUUCACAAGGCUUGGACAGAUUUAUCAGUCCUGGCUAGACAAGUCUACACCAUACACAGCCGUGCGAUGGGUGGUGACCCUGGGCCUGAGCUUUGUCUACAUGAUCAGAGUUUACCUGUUGCAGGGUUGGUACAUUGUGACCUACGCCUUGGGAAUCUACCAUCUAAAUCUUUUCAUAGCUUUUCUUUCUCCCAAAGUGGAUCCUUCCCUAAUGGAAGACUCAGAUGAUGGUCCAUCAUUACCAACCAAACAGAACGAGGAAUUUCGCCCCUUUAUUCGAAGGCUUCCAGAGUUUAAAUUUUGGCAUGCGGCUACCAAGGGCAUCCUGGUGGCUAUGAUCUGCACCUUCUUUGAUGCGUUCAAUGUCCCGGUGUUCUGGCCAAUUCUUGUGAUGUACUUCAUCAUGCUCUUCUGUAUCACAAUGAAGAGGCAGAUAAAGCACAUGAUUAAGUACCGGUACAUACCGUUCACACACGGGAAGAGGAAGUACAGAGGGAAGGAGGACGUGGGCAAGGCCUUUGCUAGUUAGAGCUGGACUGAACCUGUCACACAUUGGAAGAACGGUUUUGAGCCAUUGUAACAAUGCCUUUUUUCUUCACAUAAAGUAGUUGAUUACGAGGGCGUCGGAUUUUCUUUUUAAAAAGGAGCUUCAAUUAUUUGUAACUGAAAUAUCAGGUUCUUGAAGAAACUGGCAUUUAAACCAAAUCGCAUUGAUUCCUUUUUGGUGAUGCUAUUUCUAUCGAUGGAAUUCUAGUAGACCAGCCGCAGGCGUGGGAGGCCAGGCGGGUGGCAGCUUGCUGGAGCACAGGGGGCAGGUGGCCGUCCCCACUGUGGUGCCAGGUGGGUGGACAGGAGGCCCACCAAGGAGGAGCACUACAGCCACUCCACUGGACCAGAGGGAUGAUGCCAGCCUGAUUCCUGCGUGUUUGGAAGGACUUAGCAUUUUAGAGGUGGUUUCUAAGUAACUCUUAAGUUCUAAUGUCAGUUUCCUAAUUUCAUCUCACUGGAGAUGUUCAGAGUUGGCCUCUAUCUUAAUGACUCAAAACUUUGUUCUUAACUACCGUGAUUGCUUUUGAGGGCCUGGAAUUAUAAAUAUAUAUUUUAAUU